AUGACAUCCGUGUAUGAUGACCAGCCAAAUGCACACAAGAAGUUUAUGGAAAAGUUAGAUGCUUGUAUCCGUAACCAUGACAAGGAAAUUGAAAAGAUGUGCAAUUUUCAUCAUCAGGGUUUUGUAGAUGCUAUUACAGAACUCCUUAAAGUAAGGACUGAUGCAGAAAAACUGAAGGUGCAAGUUACUGAUACCAACCGAAGAUUUCAAGAUGCUGGAAAAGAGGUAAUAGUCCAAACAGAAGAUAUUAUUCGAUGUAGAAUUCAGCAGAGGAAUAUUACAACUGUUGUAGAAAAAUUGCAGUUAUGCCUGCCAGUGCUGGAAAUGUACAGUAAGCUAAAAGAACAGAUGAGUACAAAAAGGUAUUAUUCUGCCCUAAAAACUAUGGAGCAAUUAGAGAAUGUGUACUUUCCUCGCGUUAGUCAGUAUCGCUUCUGCCAGCUGAUGAUAGAUAACCUCCCUAAACUCCGUGAAGAUAUUAAAGAAAUCUCCAUGUCUGACCUUAAAGAUUUUUUGGAAAGCAUUCGAAAACAUUCUGACAAAAUAGGUGAAACAGCAAUGAAGCAGGGUGAUGAAGAAACAUUUGAAAAUUAUUACCGAAAGCAAAGAAAGAAACAAGCAAGACUAGUAUUGCAACCGCAGUCAAAUAUGCAUGAAACAGUUGAUGGCUAUAGAAGAUAUUUCACUCAAAUUGUAGGGUUUUUUGUGGUGGAAGAUCACAUUUUACAUGUGACCCAAGGAUUAGUAACCAGGGCAUACACUGAUGAACUUUGGAACAUGGCUCUCUCAAAGAUAAUUGCUGUCCUUAGAGCUCAUUCAAAAUGUUUGGAUGAUUAUCUUUAUAUUGGAAAAAGUAACUCUCUCUUUUAUAAGAUGGAGAAUAAGGACAUUUUUGAAGAAGAUAAUUAUAGCCCUAUACCUAUUGUCAGUGAAGAAGAAUAUAAAAUAGUCAUCAGUAAAUUUCCCUUCCAAGAUCCAGACCUUGAAAAGCAGUCUUUCCCCAAGAAGUUCCCCAUGUCUCAGUCAGUGCCUCAUAUUUAUAUUCAAGUUAAAGAAUUUAUUUAUGCCAGCCUUAAAUUUUCAGAGUCCUUACAUCGAAGCUCAACAGAAAUAGAUGAUAUGCUCAGGAAAUCAACAAAUUUGCUGCUGACCAGAACUUUGAACAGCUGUCUACUGAACCUAAUUAGAAAACCUCAUAUUGGUUUGGCAGAGCUUGUGCAAAUCAUCAUAAACACAACACACCUUGAACAAGCUUGUAAAUACCUGGAAGAUUUUAUAACUAACAUUACAAAUAUUUCUCAAGAAACUGUUCAUACCACAAGACUUUAUGGACUUUCUACUUUUAAGGAUGCUCGGCAUGCGGCAGAAGGAGAAAUAUAUACCAAACUUAAUCAAAAAAUUGAUGAAUUUGUUCAGCUUGCUGAUUAUGACUGGACAAUGUCUGAGCCAGAUGGAAGAGCUAGUGGUUAUUUGAUGGAUCUUAUUAAUUUUUUGAGAAGCAUAUUUCAAGUAUUUACUCAUUUGCCUGGGAAAGUUGCCCAGACAGCUUGCAUGUCAGCCUGCCAGCAUCUGUCAACAUCCUUAAUGCAGAUGCUAUUGGACAAUGAAUUAAAACAGAUAAGCAUGGGAGCUGUUCAACAAUUUAACUUAGAUGUCAUACAGUGUGAAUUGUUUGCCAGUUCUGAGCCUGUGCCAGGAUUCCAAGGGGAUACCCUACAGCUAGCAUUCAUUGACCUCAGACAACUCCUGGACUUGUUUAUGGUCUGGGAUUGGUCUACUUACCUAGCUGAUUAUGGGCAGCCAGCUUCUAAGUACCUUCGUGUGAAUCCAAACACAGCCCUUAUUCUUUUGGAGAAGAUGAAGGAUACUAACAAAAAGAACAAUAUAUUUGCUCAGUUCAGGAAGAAUGAUCGUGACAAACAGAAGCUGAUAGAGACAGUGGUGAAACAGCUGAGAAGUUUGGUGAACGGCAUGUCUCAGCAUACAUAGACUUCACAUGGCUGGCACUCAGGGAAAGCAGAUCCAUGACUGAGCCUCAGCUCCUAACAAGCACGGCUUACAAUACAGAAUUCAAAAGUACAGUAGAGAAAAAUCCACUGUGGAGGUCUUAAACAAGAAAUAACAAAUACCAUUUGUAUGGAUUUUUAAAUAAUUAAGUGCUAUUUUAUAUAUGGAAAACAUGACAGUUUUUCAAUUUUAGGAAAAAAGGCAGAGCUGUAAUAUAUAAAUAAAAUUGUAUAUGAAACUGGUUGCAAAUAUAUUAGAGGAAAAACUUAUGCCUCUACUUAUAAGUAUUUUUUUCUAUUUAAACUUGAAUGAGCUUCAGUGUACGGUUUUGGAAUGCAAUCAUGUCUGAUGUGAGAGUAUUUCACUGUCAUUUUUGGACUUAACAGCUUUUUGUUUUCGCCUCAGUGUGAUUUAAAUAAAGUUUUUAUUCUGCUGAUUCUGAGCAGGAAAUAUGUAAAAAUUUAAAGCUUACUAGCAUCAAACUUAGUAAGGAUGUGAAUUAUUUGUUUUACUUGGGUGGUUUAAUUUAGCCUUUCAGAAUAUGAAGAAAAUGUUUUGGAUUUUCUAAAGAUGUAAUGUUGUGUUUACUAGUUACAAUUUCUAUGUCUUGCUUGUACCCACCUCACUCUGGCUGAGUUUUGUUCAGGUUAAAGGAGGCUUACCACUUCAGGGGCAGCUUGUCUACGGCAGGUGGCAUGUUCUCCUAUGCAGCGAGUCGCCACCACAGUCCAGUCAAAGGACACACCACAAAGCUAUAUCCUCUCUGUGGAAACAGAAAAAUUUAGCUAAAUUCUGGAAUGUACAUUUUCCUAUGUAUGAGUCACCAUGAUCCAAAUGCCUGUGUAAAUCUGACCCUUAUUUCUCUGCGUUGUAUUUAUGCUGAACACCCACUUUGCAUUUUUCAGAUUUAUACCUGUAAGACUGUACCUGAUUCUGUAAAAUAAGUGUAAAGAACUAUGUUUACUUCUCCUGGUUUCAGGAUGAAAUAUUAAAAGGUUGAGGAAGUUGUUGAAAACUG